AGAUUUGUAAAUGGCGGCUCUAAACUCCAACAGUUUCUACCAUCGCCCUGAGUCCAAGUUCGCACCUAGCUUAUGGGGUGAUCAGUUCAUCAAUCAUGUAUCUGACUCCAAGGUCGUAGAAAAAUACUCCAAGAGAAUUGAAGUGAUGAAAAGUGAUGUUCGAAAUUUGCUAACGGCUCCUGAAACCAAAAUGAUAGACACCAUGAAUCUGAUCGACACACUCGAGCGGCUUGGCAUUUCAUAUCACUUUGAAAGCGAGAUCGAAGAGAAACUACAACAAUUUUUCAAUCUUAAAACGAAUUACGACGAUGAUGAAGCCUAUGAUUUGUACACCGUUGCUCUCCAUUUUCGAUUAUUAAGGCAGCACGGCCACCCUAUAUCUACUGAAAUUUUCCAUAAAUGGACUGAUGUGAAUGGGAAAUUCAAAGAGAGCAUUAAGAACGACACGAAGGGUAUGCUGAGUUUGUACGAAGCUUCAUAUCUUCGAACACAUGGAGACACCAUACUUGACGACGCUCUUGCUUUUACUACGGCCACUCUAAAAUCAAUGGUGCCAAACCUCAGAUCGCCACUGAAGAAGCAAGUUGAGCGUGCCCUAGUGCAGCCCUUGCACUUGGGGAUUCCUAGACUUGAAGCACACAGUUACAUCACCAUGUAUGAAGAACAAGAGCACAGAAACGAAACCCUAAUCAAGUUUGCCAAAUUAGACUUUAACCUAUUGCAGAUUUUUCACAGAGAGGAGCUCCAGCAAGUCUCAAGGUGGUGGAGAGAAUUAGGGCUUAUCUCCAAACUUUCUUAUGCAAGAGAUAGAAUAGUGGAGUGUUUCUACUGGGCUUUGGGAAUGUAUCAUGAGCCGCAAUAUUCUCGUGCUCGUAUUUUUCUCACUAAGACCAUUGCUAUGACAUCUCUACUAGAUGACACCUAUGAUGCUUAUGGUACCAUUGAUGAACUCAAGGUUUUCACCGAGGCAAUACAGAGGUGGGAUUUCGGAGAAAUCUCUCGACUCCCUGAGUACAUGCGACCUCUCUAUAAAGUUUUCUUGGAACUCUACAUUCAAUUCGAGGAAGAAUUAGCUAAGGAAGGACGAUCCUACGCAUCAUACUAUGUCAUAGAACCACUGAAGGAAUUGUCGAGGUGCUACCUUGAGGAAGCAAAGUGGUUCUUAGAGGGUAAAUUCCCAUCAUUUGAGGAAUACCUAAAGUGUGGUCUCAUUACCAGCGGCUUCUGUUAUCUGGUCGCCUCUUCUUUUCUGGGAAUAGGAUCUGCUCGAAAGGAAGACUUCGAGUGGCUAAGUAGGAAGCCUAAGAUACUUGUUGCUACACUCCUUAUAGGACGCUUAGUUGAUGACAUUGGUUCUUAUGAGACUGAGAUGAAGAGAGGUCAACUUGCAAUUGGGAUUGAGAGCUACAUGAAAGAAAAUGGUGUGACAAAAGAAGAGGCGAUGGCCAAAUUUAUGGAAUUAUCUUUGAAUGCAUGGAAAGAUAGCAACGAGGAGAUGCUAAGGCCAUCUUGUUAUAAAUCAAGGGAACUUCUUACACGUAUCCUCAAUUUUGAACGUGUAACAUAUGUUACUUACAAAGACAAGGAAGAUGGAUAUACUCAUCCCGAAAAGGUUGUGAAACCUUAUAUCACUGCUUUGCUGGUCGAUGCAUUUGAGGUUUAGUCAUUUCGAAUAACAUGUAGAAGUCAAAAUGGUUGUACCAUAUAUAUGGUAUAAAAUCUAUGUAGUGUUGUUACGUAUGUUAUUUAUGCAAUAAAAGAGUGUAACAAUAAUGGCUUACUAUAGAUAUUUGGAAAGAAUUAUUACUCCGGAGUAUAUG